GGGGCUGCAACAUGAAGUUCUCUCACCCACUCUACUACCGGAUGCAUUGUUCUGUCUUCCACGACCCUAACUACUCUCUCACCAUCCGCAAGUACCACUGCAAGGUGUGCGGUCUGGCGGUGCUGGGCAAGGAGAACAUCAUGCGGCACGCGGCCGAGCAGCACGAGGGACGCGGCGCCUACCAGUGUCAGUACUGCAAGAAGUUCUUCUUGCGGCUACACUCGCUGGACAUGCACGUGACGUACUCCUGCAGCCGCAACCCUGCCCGCGUCUUCCCGCUCUGCGACUACUGCGGCAAGAAGUUCUGCAGCCAACACCUCCGCUCUCACCAGAAGCGCAUGCAUGCAGACAUGGCAGAGGUGCUGAGGGAGUUCCAGUGUAAACUCUGCUUCAAGGUGCUAGGGUCCCGGGCAGCGCUCCAGAGACAUCUAAAGGAGGUUCACCACAAGGACCUCAGUACGGGCGCCACUUGUGAUCGCUGCGGCAAGAUGUUCCAGAAUAAGAGUAACCUCAAGAUCCACAUGCUAACCCACUCCGGCGUCAAGCCCUUCAAGUGUAUAGAGACGAGCUGUAAUGCGGCCUUCACGACCAAACAAUGUUUACAGUUCCACUACAAGAAGGUGCACGGCUACACGGGGGAUAGCAUGCUCGCUGCAUCCCAUACACUUUCGACUCGUACUCUGCAACCUACCCCAGACACCACCCCGGCCGAGCCUCCUACCCCAGACGACUCCUCACACAGCGCCGACCCUCCCCUCUCCUCCCUCACCUCAAAUGAAGGACCACCAACCUCGAGAGCAGAUAUUCUACUUGCUGCUGCAGCAGCUAGCUUACCGCCUGCAGCUACCUUACACGGAUACGUUACUAAAUACGCAGCGACAGCGACUCGUCUGGUCAGUAAAGGAUCACGCAAGUGGCUUGGCGACCCGUUAGAUAUGCAAGACCGAGAUUAUGAUCCUGAUGAUGCUCGCGAUGUUUAUGACUUCGAUGACCGCUUAGAGGAAGAGCUGAUGCAGAAAAGAAAGAAAGAAGAAGAAAUCACUGGGGAGGAAAAACUAUACCGACGAGAGUCUAAUGCUUCGCUUCUGGUGGAGGCGGCGCUGAACGUGGCGGAGCAGACCAUGAAGAUGGACGGGCGUGGUGUGGGCAGCCAUGACCGUCUGCUGGGGUACAGUGGCCGCUACUCUCCCUUACCUCCCAACACAGUCGUCACAUCCAUGGAGCACAUACUACCACACGACGCAGCCUUCAACACACAUAAAAUACACUAG